GCCCUUUACUUUACCAAGCAUGAUGCCCUUUUCCAGGGACUGGUCCAUAUGUAUAUUUAAAAAUAUAAUAUAAUCUAGAGCCAGACUACUUUCCAAAACAGCUAUAACAGUUACACGGCCACCAGCAGUCUAUGACGGUGGAUGCGUCCAUGUAUCCCUCCUGGCCCCAGGUGUUCUCACUCUUUAAUUUUUGCCAACCUGGUGUAAGGGUGGCCAGUGGAAUCACAGUGUUGCUUUGAUUUCCAACCACCCCACUCGGAAGUUGAGCUACCUUUCAUUUGUUUAGCAGGCUUUUGGGUUUUCUCCCCUGAGUUGUCUUUUCAUAUCCUUAGCCCUGCCGGGGUCUUUCUCCCACCCUCGACUCUCCAUGCAUUUAUCCCUUUGUAGGAUCUGGAAUCACCAUAGCCUCAGAUCCUCAAACUCCCUUUAAUCUAAAAGAAAGAAGAAAAAGUGUCUGGCUUUGCAAUCCAAAGGGAUCUCAUGGGUGUGUGUUCACUCUGUGCACUGCCUUCAAACUGGGGAGGGCUGCAGUUGCCCUAGACCCUUCCCCUCCGUGUCAGGAGCCAGCCAAGCCUUAUGCAGCAGAGAGGGAACAUCACACAGCGCUAACAUUGCACAGCUCUGGGCUCUGACCAAGUGGCCUUGAGCAGCCACUUAACAUCCCCAAGCGUCUGUUUUCUCAUCUCUAUAAUGGGAUGCUUUGUGAGGACUCCCUGGGAUAAUGCUCUUAACAGGCUCUAAUUACAGGGAAGUGCUGAUUACUCAGCUAAUAAAAUCACUUGAAAGCACUAAUAUUUCCAUCAUUCCCCCACCUCAAAUUCUACCUUGAGAGCCAAGCACCUUUUUUGGCUGGAGGCACUUACGUCCCACCUCUUGACAUAAGUCACUGGGGGCCUGGGAGUUCCUGGUCUCAGCUCUAGUCCCCGACCUUCCUGGUGGUUCAUGGUGCUGCUGCUGACUAUGUCCCUCCUUUCUCCCACCCCUAGUAUGAAAAUGAGUCAGCCCUGAACCUGUAUGAGACCUGCAAGGUGCGGGCAGUCAAGGCAGGCACAUUGGAAAAGCUGGUGGAACACCUGGUGCCUGCCUUCCAGGGCAGUGACCUCUCCUACGUCACCAUCUUCCUGUGCACCUACCGAGCCUUCGCCACCACCCAACAGGUUCUGGACCUGCUGUUCAAAAGCUCUAGCGCCAGUUCUACCUCCAGCUCCAGAGCUAAUGCCAGUUCCAGUGCUAGCUCCAGUACCAGCUCCAGAACUAGAACCAGCUCCAGCACCAGGUCCAGCUCCAGAGUUAGAGCCAACAUCAGUUCUAGAGCUAGAGCCUGCUUCAGCUUCAGCUCUAGAACCAGCUCCAGCUCUAGCUCUAGCACCAGCUCUAGCUCCAGCUUCAGCUUCAUCUGUAGCUCCAGUUCCAGCUUCAGCUCCAGCUCCAGCACCAGUUCCAGCUCCAGCUUCAUCUCUAGCUCUAGCUCCAGUUCCAGCUCCAGCUCCAGCACCAUCUUCAGCUCCAGCUUCAGCUUCAUCUCUAGCUGUAGCUCCACUUCCAGCUUCAGCUCCAGCUCCAGCACCAGCUCCAGCUCCAGCUCUAGCUCUAACUCCAGCUCCAGCUCCAGCUUCAGAGCUAGAGCCAGCACCAGCUUCAGCACCUGAGCCUUCCUACCCAUCCCCUGUGACGACAGAGAAUGGGCUGAGUGAGGAGAAGCCUAACCUCCUGGUGUUCCCUCCAGAGCUGGUGGCAGAGCAGUUUACACUGAUGGAUGCGGAGCUGUUCAAGAAGGUGGUGCCCUAUCACUGCCUGGGCUCCAUCUGGUCCCAGCGGGACAAGAAGGGCAAGGAGCACCUGGCACCCACUAUACGCGCCACCGUCACACAGUUCAACAGCGUGGCCAACUGCGUCAUCACCACCUGCCUGGGGGACCGGAACAUGAAGGCCACAGACAGGGCUAGGGUAGUGGAACACUGGAUCGAGGUGGCCAGGGAGUGUCGAAUCCUCAAGAAUUUCUCAUCACUCCAUGCUGUCCUCUCUGCUCUGCAGAGCAAUGCGAUUCACCGUCUGAAGAAGACAUGGGAAGAAGUUUCCAGGGAGAGUUUCCGAAUCUUUCAAAAGCUGUCUGAGAUCUUCUCAGAUGAGAACAACUACUCACUGAGCCGGGAGCUGCUCAUCAAGGAGGGGACCUCCAAGUUUGCCACCCUGGAGAUGACCACCAGGAGAGCCCCGAAGCGGCAGAGGGAGUUGGGUGUCAUCCAGGGCACUGUUCCCUACCUUGGCACGUUCCUCACUGACCUGGUGAUGCUGGACACAGCGAUGAAGGAUUAUCUGUAUGGGAGAAUGAUCAACUUUGAGAAGAGGAGGAAGGAAUUCGAAGUGAUUGCCCAGAUCAAGCUGCUCCAGUCGGCCUGCAACAAUUACAGCAUCGCCCCCGAGGAGCACUUUAUGGCCUGGUUCCGAGCCAUGGAUCGGCUCAGUGAGACUGAGAGCUACAACCUGUCGUGUGAACUGGAACCCCCAUCUGAGUCAGCCAGCAACACCCUCAAGGCCAAGAAGAACACAGCCAUAGUCAAGCGCUGGAGCGACCGCCAGGCCCCCAGCACAGAGCUCAGUACCAGCAGCAGCUGCCAUUCCAAGUCCUGUGACCAGCUCAAGUGCAGCCCCUACCUCAGCAGUGGGGACACAGCUGAAGUGCUCAGCGUGCACUCUGCCGGCUCCUCCAGCUCCGACGUGGAAGAAAUCAACAUGAGCUUUGUUCCAGAGUCUCCUGACUGCCAGGAGAAGAAGUUCUGGGAGUCAGCCUCCCAGUCAUCCCCAGAGACCUCCGGCAUCAGCUCGGCCUCCAGUAGUACCUCGUCCUCCUCGUCCUCCACCACGCCCGUGGCGUCCACACGCACCCACAAGCGCUCUGUCUCAGGGGUCUGCAGCUACAACUCCUCGCUGCCCCUCUACAACCAGCAGGUGGGCGACUGCUGCAUCAUCCGCGUCAGCCUCGACGUGGACAACGGCAACAUGUACAAGAGCAUCCUGGUAACCAGCCAAGAUAAGGCGCCUACUGUGAUCCGCAAGGCCAUGGACAAACACAACCUGGAUGAGGACGAGCCAGAUGACUAUGAGCUGGUGCAGAUUAUCUCAGAGGAUCGAAAGCUGAAGAUCCCGGACAACGCCAACGUGUUCUAUGCCAUGAACUCUACUGCCAACUAUGACUUUGUUCUAAAGAAGCGGACUUUCACCAAGGGGGCAAAGGUCAAGCAUGGGGCCAGCUCCACCCUUCCACGGAUGAAGCAGAAGGGACUCAAGAUUGCCAAGGGCAUCUUCUAG